AUGGCCUUUGUCAUUAAAUCUGAAGUCGUCGAGUUGCCUGAAGAGGUUAUCGUUCAGGGUGACGUUGAUUAUGAGCAAGUUAGGACUGAAACUCAGUCCAUUGUGGAGCAGUUACUCCGGCAGAACGAGUUACUGCAGCAGCAGCAACAACAGUUGGAGCCGCAGUUACUUGAUUCAGCUCCAAGGAGGCGCUCCACUGAGGGACCUGGGGAAUUAGAUCCGCUUGACGUCUCUUCCUUGGUGGCUGAGGAGCCGGUGGACUUGUCAUUGUCGGAGAAUCAGGCUAUCGAGGAGCCGGUUCCUUCAACAUCAGGGAAUAUCCUAUUGAGGGGCUUGUUGGCUCUGCCAGUUCGGCCAAGAGCUCCUUACACUCGCUGGGUGCGAUGCCCAGCUCCAGCAGAAAUCCAAUCGGCGCCUGAGGUGCAGCAGGAACAUUUGUCCAAGAGGAAGCGGUCCGAUCCGGUAACCGGUGGCGGUCAGGGCGCUCCUGCUACGAGGACUCGUCCUCCAAUAACGAAGUACCUGCAGCAUUCCGGGGUUCGGGUUAUUUGUGGUGACACAAUGGCGGUGAGCGUGCCCUUCCGGGUGACAUUCGUGGAGGGGCAUACCUUCCCGAUCCCUUUCACGGAUCCACUGGUGGGCCUAUUGUCACCCAUGACGUCGGUGGAGGCGAGCUGGUUGGUGGCGGCUAUGCCUUGGCCUCUAAUGCACCAGUUUAUUUUUGAGUCGCUGCUGGCGUUGAUAGUGGCCAUGUGUCCCAUGCAUUUGUGGGAGCUGGCGGAAACAUCACCUCCCCGUGUCCGUAUAAUCCUCGAGGAGCUGUGGGAUCAAUGUUCCGCGAGAGUGUCCCGCUGCGUGUAUUGCGGCAAUGGUCGCCAGCAAUAAUUUUAGAAUAUUUUCCUACAUAUGUAUAUAUAUAUAUAUGUAUUAUUAUA